AUGCUUGCAGUCUUGGUGCUCAUGACACACAUUGAUCGCUGCAGAGCCACGUCUCGCAGCGAUGCUUCGCAGAGUGCAUGUGCAUGCAUGUACUCGCGAAGAUUGCCUUCCAAGCCUUGGACAACUCACCUGUGUGAUAGAUCCUUCCAGAUGGCGUUGACAACGGAGUUGGCGACCAAAGUGGAGAAGUUGCUGGUAGCAGCCAGCGGCGGCUCGCUUGUUCGGUCGAUGGAGCAGGUGUACGGGCUCUUAGCAGAACACGGGUUGCUCUACCAGCAGAAAGUGGUGUCCAGCUUCAUAGGCGUGCAUCCAAGCAAUAGGGACGGCUGCGGCGUCUCCGCAAAGCACGUGCACGAGCUGCUGGCGGACCUGGUGCAUCUGGGGUGGAGCCCUGCCGAAUUUCGCGGCUUAUGCGUUGAAGUUUCGGAGAAGGAAAGGUCCCGGGUGUUUGCCUGGAAUCAAGAGUUGGCCCACAACUCCGAAGGGCAAGUCCCCCCCUGGGCAUCGGAGCUCCAACUGAAGUUCGCAACCCUGGCAGGGUCCCACACAAAUCAAGUUCUCAGAUGCUUCCUGGCGAAGACACCAAGUCAAUGUGCGGAAGUCGCCGAGAACGGGCGGCUGAGCCUGACCGCGCUACAGACGGCCGAUCCCGACUUCCAUCGAGCCUGCGUCGAAGGUGCUACGUGGAGGAUUGUCUCCCACCAAGUGCCGGAGCGGUUCCCAAACUUUUGCCAGCUUGCACAGGCUGCUGCCAAUGCCACUGGGCAUGUGGCAAGACAAGAAUCGGAAUUACAGCUUUGCCGCAAGAUUCACCAAGAAGUCGCACUGCAGAUGAGCCGUGGGAAAACCAAUGUCAACUACGUUGACAUAAAGGACGCCGUGCUACGCACGAAGCCCCGAAGUGCCUCAACCGUGCCCGCCCUUUUCGUUUUUACCCUCCGCUAUUCCGGAGGACAGACUGCACACCUAUUGCAGGAAACCGAAAAGUUUGUUCGAGCCCACGGCUUCCAAAGCCGCAUGCUGGGUUCGGACAUCUUCGAGGCACUCAACACGGAGAUGAAGUCCCGAGAUCCCGGAGCAUUGAUCAGGCAUAUGAUGUUACAUUUUGCUUAUGGUGCCGAGGAUGCACGGGCCCUGACCGUGAGUGAUGUGAAGAAGCUGUUGUCAGUGGGCAUAGCUAGCAAGCGUGACGAAGCCACCCGAGUGUUUGAAGACUGCAAGGCGCUUUGCAGUACACAUGCGGUCAAUGUGGCUGUCUCCCUCAAGGCGCUAGGCUACCUCCAGAUGAAUCUCAUCGCAGUUUUGCUCGACAAGAAAAAAUACAAAAAACAUGAGAACAUCCAGAAGGCAGCGCAGCAAUGUGUCGAGGAAAUCAACCAGGCAGCCCAACUCCGCCAACACAAAGACGCCAGCCGGCUGAUUUCUGCCGGCUACGAAGUUGGGAUGCAUGUGCUCAGGAAAAGUGAUAGUUCCACCGGCAACAUUAAAGGGAUGACAGCCUCCGAAGUGACACUUGACGUGGAAGGGCAUGAUGUGAAGGUGUCGGCCGAGAGCUUUUUGAAAGGGGAGUGGCGGCAAGUCAACUUGAAAGGGGAAUCGGUUGCCGUGGAGUUCGUUGGCUCGCUACCAGUGAAUUCUGUGGACUUUCAAAUCGCACAGUGCAAGGCCCGCAUCCUGGAUCGAAUGACCGCACAGGAGGCCACGGGGGCCGCCCACUAUGGCAACCUCGAGCUUUACCUCAAGCCUAGCAAGAAUGUGCAGGCAACAAAGAGGUUCGAAAAGGGUGAGCUGGUGCUGAUCCCCAGCACCCACAAGAUCGACUUGAAGCGACCCGGUUCUGCAAGCAGCGGCGCCGUCGUGGCAGGUCUCGUCGACAUCGAGGGGGAGACGUACGAAAUUGCGCUCAGCAACUGCUUGCAGCCCCAGGCAUCGAAGCCAGUACUUCACCCGUUCUGGUGCAUCAGGACGUCGACGGUUCCAGCAGAGUGCAAUCUUGAAUUGUUUCCUCGGAACCACACGAGCAAAAAGUUCAAAAUGGACAGCGAUGCCGUGUGGAACAUCCCAAUGGCCAAGAGCACCAAAGUGAUCAACGAGGGAGACAGCUUGGUGCUGUGGAAGCCUUCCACAACUCCGAGACCCGAUUUUCAAGUCAGGCAGGGCAUGUGGGCUCGCCUGGCCGUGGGUGGCAUGCUCAAGGACGGAAGCAAAUGGCUCGUGAAGACCAAGGAAGUGGACAACAUGCUGUUCGCUCAGAUAGACAAGUGGGAUCCCAAAUUCGUGCCGUUCGUGACAGGGAAAGCAGUUCAGUUGCGGAAGGAGAAGGAUCCACACCACCUGAGCAUCCCAGCCUUUGGGGACUUUCUCGAGUUUCGCCGGCAGGCUUGCGACCGCCUGUACAAUGCCAUGAUCAAAGAGGCAGCUUUGGUGGCCGGGGAUGCAGCGCCAGAGGAGAAGACGGCGCGAGAAGAGGACCUCUACGUGGCAGGGCGGGUGGUGCGCAUGCGAUGCCCAGCGAUCGCUUGCAACGGCGAGUCCAUGGAAGCGAGAGAGAUUGCCGCAGUCUGGUCCGUCAGAGACCCCGUGAUAUGGAUCGAGCUUUUGGAAGAGAACUUGCAGUACUUGGCACUGUUCAUGCGGCGAGGGCUGGUGGAUUAUCUAGCUGAUGAAGGUGCUCCGAGCCGCCGCCGAUUGAAGCUUCGAGGGGAGGCGGAAAAACAAAUGGUGAAGAAAGCGAAGAAGUCGCCCAAGAAGAAGAGUCGACGCUCUCGCAAACGCAAGGCUGCCGCAAGCCAGGAGGAUAUCACUUUUACACCUCCCCCGCCACUCCUGAUACUGGAUUUGGUCUUGUAUAGAUGUAGUUCAUAA